UUACAUUUUUUUCCCUCGAAAGCCAAAAUGGCAACAGAAAUUUCAAGAUCCCCAUCGGAACCUCUCAAUACAUCCAAAGUGCUGAAAGCUGCAAUUUUCUCAAGGCUUCUUCUUUUGGUCCUUACUAUCCUAUGGCGUUCCCUGCUCACCCCUUACGACACCUCCGCGCCCCUCAACCCAACCUGCCUACACAAUCCUUCUUCCUUCCCUCCGCCUCUCCUCCUCUCCCUCGCUUCCGCCAUCGAGAACGGCGUCGUUUGGGACAGCGUUUACUUCGUCCGGAUCGCUCAGUGCGGAUAUGAAUACGAGCAGUUCUACGCGUUUCUACCCUUAUUGCCGGUCUGCAUUUUCGCCUUUUCGCGCACAGUUUUUGCGCCGUUGGUUCCGCUGAUUGGCUAUAGGGCAGUAUUGGCGCUGUCCGGUUAUGUUGUUUGCAAUGUUGCGUUUAUUUUCGCGGCGAUUUACUUUUAUAAGCUUUCAGUUAUUAUUUUGAAGGACCCCAAUGCAGCACUACAGGCUUCCGUAUUGUUUUGCUUCAAUCCAGCAUCCGUAUUCUACUCAUCAAUAUAUUCUGAGAGCUUGUAUGCCUUGUUGUCAUUUGGCGGAUGCUACUAUUUAUUAUCUGGUUCAAAUAACAUAGCUGUGCUUUGGCUUGCUCUUUCCAGUCUUGCAAGAUCUAACGGAGUGCUCAAUGCUGGUUAUUUUGGAUUUCAGACAAUGCAUCAGGCUUAUGAUGCUUUUUCCCUGAAAAAGCGUGCUUUUUUGGCAUUGUGGAUCCUUAUAAGGGGAGCACUGCGUUGUGUCUUCAUUUUUGUUCCCUUUAUUGCUUUUCAAGCAUAUGGCUACUACAAUAUGUGUCUAUGGCGUUCUUCUGAUGAAACGAGGCCUUGGUGUAAAGCAAGAAUGCCUUUCCUAUACAAUUACAUUCAAAGUCAUUAUUGGGGAGUGGGAUUCUUGAGAUACUUCCAAUUUAAACAACUGCCAAACUUUCUUCUGGCAUCUCCGAUACUGUCUUUGGCUGUUUGCUCAAUCAUCUAUUAUGUGAACACAAGACCUGAAAUAGUUCGAUCAUUGGGUUUUCAAGCUUCAGUUGAGGAGAGAAGUGCCAUGGCCAUAAUUUAUUCUUUUCAGAAAUCACUCGGAUCAAACGACACCCAAUUUUCAGAGAAACUUUCUUGUAGGAAUCAUGAAAAUCAUAAUCUUAAAUUGAGGAAGAAAGUUAGCCGAGGGGAUCAUACAAAGGGCAGAAUAGUUCAUGGAUCAUCAGAGAAGCUAGGAUAUACAUCUGCUUUUAUUCUUCCCUUUAUCCUACAUGUGGGCUUCAUGGUAGCUACAUCAUUUUUUGUGAUGCAUGUCCAGGUUGCAACACGGUUCUUGUCGGCCAGCCCUUCACUAUAUUGGUUUGCUUCAUUAGUAAUGACUUCGCCCAAUACGAGUAAGAAAUGGGGAUAUAUGAUUUGGACAUACUGUGUUGCCUAUAUCCUUCUCGGUAGCUUACUCUUCUCAAAUUUCUACCCUUUCACUUAAUUAUAGCAAUCCAAUCCUUGUGAUGAGUUAUCGUUGACUUGUGUUUGGAUCUAGUCGGAAGUUCCAACUUUGGAUGAACUCCGAAUACAGGCAUGGUUAACUGUAUGGACAAUGAAAAGUGUUUGAUAGUUGGAUGUUGGCUGAGUUGGAUAAUUAUGAUCAUUUGAGUUGUAUUUGUAUUUUUCUUUGGGGUUCAAGUUCCUAUUAACUCCAUUGAAUUAAAUUCUUGUAGUUUUAUAUAUUUUUAAUGAAAUUUAACUUGUCUAUUUCAAUCAAAA